AUGGAAAUGUUGAGUAGCUACGAGAAGAUGGUCACUAUCUCUUCAACUAGCAAUGAAUGGUCACAGACCCUGAUGGAGAAACCAAGCCAAGAACAGCGGCAACAAGCACUCAAGUGUCCUCGCUGUGAUUCGUCCAACACAAAAUUCUGCUACUACAACAACUACAGUUUAUCCCAGCCCAGACACUUUUGCAGAGUUUGUAAGCGUUAUUGGACAAGAGGUGGCACUCUAAGGAACGUUCCUAUCGGCGGCGGAUGUCGGAAGAACAAGCGUGUUAAAAGGAAAGUUUCUUCUUCUUCUUCUACUUCUGCUUCUUCAACUGCAAAUCCUAUCCCUCCAUUGUCUUCAACCUCAAGUACUCACCCUUUGUUUUAUGGGUUAGCUAAUGACCCUUCUGUGGAUUUAAUCAAUCUUCCUUAUCAGCCAAGUAUGAGUGCUCUUGGAUUAGGGUUUUCUUCUGGGGACAGUAUUGAUCUUUACCAGAAUAACCCACUCCUUUCGAGCUAUUCAAAUAUCUUUGGGUCCUCAUCUUCUUCUAUCACUACACCCACCAUUGCGUCUCUUUUAGCUUCCACUCUUAACCAGCACAAAUUCAACAACAAUGGUGGUGUUAAAAACACUGAAGCCUUAGCACCUUUCCAAGAUCUUCAAAUGAUUAGUAAUGUCGAAAAUGGAAUAACCAUGAAAGAUGCCAAAGUACCAUGCCAGAAUCAGCUUGAGCAAAUUGGUUUAUCCGAUCCAGCAGUUUAUUGGAACACAAAUAUGGGUUCCUGGCAUGAUCCAACAAGCAUCGGGUUGAUCUAGCAAAAGAAAAAAAGUAGAACACUUCUUCAAAUUUUCUCCCUCUUUAUCGAGUCUUAUUUUCUUUUUAUUUUCCCCCCUAGGCACUUAGUUUCUAUAUAAUCAAAAUGGUGUGGGAUUUGGGAAUAAAUCUAAAGUUGAGUACUGAUACAAGCAUGGGAGAAGAUUGGAUCGGAGCGAUCAUGUCAGCUGCAAUAAUUCAGCCUGGAGUUUUAUUAUCGAAAAGGUUGGGAAACCCUUGUUUGCGCUGAGAGGAACCUCGGAUCCUCUUCUUCGAAGGUAUACUCUAUGUUACUCGGACUCUUGAAGGAGUCCAAGAAACAUAGAGUAUAUAUCAUCUUCGUCACCAUCUGGCAUUAUUUCGAAGAGAGAGACUUAGCUGAUCAUUUUGCUGCAACUUUUUUAAUCCAGUAAGUUUGUUUUCUAUUUUGUAUGUAUAUAUAUAUAUAUAUUGCAUGACGUAUUCUUAUUGUUAGGUUAGGUUUUGGGGGGUAUAUGUUGCAGUCCUCGCUAUAAACACUAGAUGAGGAUCUCAUUUUCCUU